GAAUGUACCCAGGAUGAAAGUACAGCUGCAGCUAUCUUUGCUGUUCAAAUGGAUGACUACUUGGGAGGAAAGCCUGUUGAAAUUCAAGGAUAUGAGUCCACUGAGUUUGUGAGCUACUUCAAAGGAGGAAUUAAAUAUAAGGCAGGUGGUGUUGCCUCUGGAUUUAAUCAUGUUGUUACUAAUGAUUUGAGUGCCCAGAGGCUUCUGCAUAUCAAAGGCCGGAGAGUUGUAAGAGCCACAGAAGUCCCCCUGGCUUGGACCAGCUUCAACAGAGGAGAUUGUUUCAUUGUUGACCUCGGAACUGAAAUCUAUCAGUGGUGUGGCUCAUCAUGCAAUAAAUAUGAGCGGCUGAAGGCGACUCAAGUGGCUCUUGGCAUUCGGGAUAAUGAACGAAACGGAAGGUCUAAAUUAAUUACUGUGGAAGAAGGGAGUGAGCCUGAUCAGCUCAUAGAGGUUUUAGGAAGCAAGCCAGAACUUCCUGAGUGUGAUGAUCAGGAUGAUGAACUGGCCGAUAUUACAAACAGGAGAAGUGCUAAACUAUACAUGGUGUCAGAUGCAAGUGGAUCCAUGAAAGUGUCCAUGGUCACAGAGGAAAACCCCUUCUCCAUGGCUAUGCUUUUAUCUGAGGAGUGCUUCAUUUUGGACAACGGUGCUGCAAGGAAGAUCUUUGUGUGGAAAGGUAAAGAUGCUAACCCACAGGAGAGAAAGGCUGCCAUGAAGAAUGCUGAACAAUUCAUACAGCAGAUGAAUUAUCCUGCCAACACACAGAUUCAAGUCCUUCCUGAAGGAGGUGAAACACCAAUUUUCAAACAAUUUUUCAAAGACUGGAAGGACAAAGAUCAAAGUGAUGGCUUUGGAAAAGUCUGUGUCACAGAGAGAGUGGCUAAAAUUGAGCAGAUUGAAUUUGAUGCUACGAAGUUACAUGAGUCUCCACAAAUGGCUGCCCAGCAUAACAUGGUAGAUGAUGGUUCAGGGAAAGUAGAGAUCUGGCGUGUGGAAAGCAGUGGCAGAGUUCCUGUGGGACCUGAGACAUAUGGACAGUUCUACGGUGGUGACUGCUACAUUAUCCUCUACACUUACCCUAAAGGGCAGAUCAUCUACACAUGGCAAGGAGCCAAUGCUACACAAGAUGAACUGACUGCAUCUGCAUUUCUGACUGUUCAGCUGGAUCGGUCGUUGAACGGUCAGGCUGUGCAGAUCCGAGUCAGCCAAGGCAAAGAGCCUGCACAUUUACUGAGCUUGUUCAAAAACAAACCACUUAUUGUCUACAAGGAUGGAACAUCCAAGACAGAAGGUCAGAAACCUGCUCCACCCACACAACUCUUCCAAAUACGCCGGAACCUGGCAGCCAUUACUAGGAUUGCAGAGGUUGAUGUUGAUGCAACGUCACUAAACUCUAAUGAUGUCUUUGUUCUGAAACUGCCAAACAACACUGGCUAUACCUGGGUAGGAAAAGGAGCAAACAAAGAAGAGGAACAAGGAGCCCAAUACAUUGCUGUUGUUCUUAAAUGCCAAACUGCUAAGAUUAGUGAAGGCCAGGAACCAGAGGAAUUCUGGAAAGCACUUGGAGGUAAAAAAAAAUACCAGACUUCAUCACAACUCUUGACAAAAGCUGAAGAUCAUCCCCCUCGCCUGUAUGGCUGUUCUAAUAAGACUGGCAGAUUUAUUAUUGAGGAGGUCCCAGGAGAAUUCACUCAGGAUGAUUUGGCUGAAGAUGAUGUCAUGUUGCUGGAUGCGUGGGAGCAGGUUUUCAUCUGGAUUGGGAAGGAUGCUAAUGAAACUGAGCGACAGGAAUCCAUUAAGUCUGCCAAACGCUACAUUGAAACAGAUCCUUCUGGCAGAGACAAGGGGACUCCUAUUGUAAUUGUGAAGCAGGGGCACGAACCCCCUACAUUCACAGGCUGGUUCCUGGCUUGGGACUCCAACAAAUGGAAGAACUGAUCAACCCAAAGAAGAUGCAGCUUCAAGCCAAAGCAUGAUCAGAGCCCAGCUCCUUUCUAGUAUUUUUAAGCAUAAGCUUAUGCAACAAUAUGAUGCAUCUGUUUUUACACUUUCCCAAGCUUUGAUAUAUUUCUGUGAAUAAAAUAGAAAUUCUUAGCCUGGAAAGGAUAAAUGAUGAUUGGAAAAUACUCAAAUGGGAUGAGUGGGGCUUUUCAUGUAGUGAAUAUGGAAAGGUUUUUUUUGUUUAAUCUAUUGAUUCUUCAAACAGAAGCUGGGGAUCUAUUUAUUUUAAUGUACUAAAGUGGGUCAAAUUCUACCUUCACUUAAAAUUUUAAACUAAUGCCACAGAAAUGCCCUUAGAUUAAGGUCAGCAUAAUAUUAUGCAGAAUUU